CCCCCGCCGCCGGGAGACGCGGCCCGGGCCGCGGUGCUUCCCGCUGCCGCCUCCGCCGCUCCCAUGGAAAAAUCCAAAAAUUUCCGCAUCGACGCGCUGCUGGCUGUCGAUCCCCCCAAGGCGGCGGCGCAGAGCGCUCCGCUGGCCCUGGUCACCGGCGGCUCCGGCGGCGGCAGCCCUCCGUCUUCGUCCUCCUCGUCGUCGUCGUCCUCCUCUUCUUCCGAGCUCCCCGCCGACUGCCCGCGCACCGACAGCCCGUCUCCGCCUCGCCUGCUGCCAGCGCACUGCGCGCUGCUGCCCAAAGCCGCCUUCCUGAGCGGGGGGGGGCCCGGGGGCGGCCAUCCGCAGCACCACGCCCUGGGGCUGCACCCCGCGGGGCCGGGCGGGCCGGGCAUCUACGGGCACCCGGUGUACGGCUACCCGGCUUUGGGCGGGCAGCACCCGGCGCUUUCCUAUUCCUAUUCGCAAGUGCAGGGAGCUCACCCCGCGCACCCCUCCGCCGACCCCAUCAAGCUGAGCGCCGGCACCUUUCAGCUGGACCAGUGGCUGCGGGCGAGCACGGCCGGCAUGAUCCUGCCCAAAAUGCCCGACUUCGGCUCUCAGGCGCAGUCCAACCUCCUGGGGAAGUGCCGGCGGCCGCGCACCGCCUUCACCAGCCAGCAGCUGCUGGAGCUGGAGCACCAGUUCAAGCUCAACAAGUACCUCUCCCGGCCCAAGCGCUUCGAGGUGGCCACGUCGCUGAUGCUCACCGAGACGCAGGUGAAGAUUUGGUUCCAGAACCGCCGCAUGAAAUGGAAGCGCAGCAAAAAGGCGAAGGAGCAGGCGGCACAGGAGGCCGAGAAGCAGAAGGGAGGAGGAGGAGGAGAGGACAAAGCGGCCGAGGAGCUGCUGCUGCCCGGCCCGGAGAAAGGCGGUGGGAGGCGGCUGCGGGAUCUGCCCGACAGCGAGCCCGAGGACGAGGAGGAGGAAGAGGAGGAAGAAGAGGAGGCCGAGGCCGGGCGGUGCUGCCCCUAUCACUCCUCCGACUGCUCCGAUGCGGACGAGGAGGACUCGCAGCCCGGGGGACGGCCCGGAGCCCCCCCGCCACUCCCCCCCGCACAGCCGCAGUGAGCCCAAGGCCGCUCCGUCGGGGCCGCCCCCGGCAACGGAGCCUCCUGGCCCCGCUCCCCAUCUCGCUCUCCCAUCCCUCCCUGCCCGGAGGGGGACGCGGAAGGCGAUCUCCCGUCUGCAGAGCGGGAGGGAGGAUUCACACAGUGUUAUUAUUGACUGAGAAGCGGCCACGACUUGAGCCCCCGUCCCCUCCAUGCCCUAUCGGAACAGUUUCCUUCUUACUCUAUAUCGGGAGAAGUGUUUAUGUCAUGAACGUUAAAACUGCUGCAAAUCUCAAUACUGUCUUUAUUUUUGUAUAUCGUAUUUAUAAAAAAAAAAAUGAAUUCCUCUACUUAUGCAUGCUAAAUUAUUACCCAGCCCCUCCCGCUGUGAGGUGGGGGGGAGGAAUAUAAAUAAAGAGCGUUUUGUACUGUG